CGCACCGUACCCUCACCUUCCUCUCCAUCUUCGCCGACCUGUACAUGUAAUUCUCGAAUAUACAAUCAAUUAUAUCGAUAAUCAUCUUCAACAGAUCCACGGAGAGAGAGAGAGAGAGAGAGAGAGAGAACAGUCAAAAUUUCAAAGGAAUUUCACCCACGUAUAUACAUCGCCGCAUUAAUCGCACGUAUAUAUAUAUUAAUCAAAUUGGAAUCAAGAAAUGUCGAGCGACAGCGAAGACCUAGACGAGGACGAGCUCCUCCAGAUCGCGCUCAAGGAGCAGGCGCAGAGAGAUCUCGAUUACCGGGCGUCGAAGCCGUCGAGGCCGGUGGCCAAUUUCGUCAAGCAGCCUUCGCAGCCGGUAGCCAAUCCCAGGAUCCCUAGCUCCGCCGCACACCCGCGGCAGCAGAUGCAGAAGAAGGCGGCCCAGCCUCAGGCUCACAAGCAGCAGCGCUCCAUGGACGACGACGACGACUCGGAGGUCGAGAUGCUGAGCAUUUCCUCCGGCGACGAGGAGUCGUCCAAGGAUCGGGGGUACGGGUCGCGCAAUCGGCCCGGAGCGGGCGCGAGGGCCGGGAAGGAUGACGAUCGAGGUUGGGACGGCGGCGAGCCCGAUUGCUGGAAGAGAGUGGAUGAGGCCGAGCUUGCUCGUAGGGUUCGUGAGAUGCGGGAGACAAAGGCAGUGCCAGUUGCUCAAAAGUUUGAGAGGAAGCCAUCAGGAGUAGCUAGAAAAUGUCUUAAUACUCUGCAGUCCUUUCCACGUGGCAUGGAAUGCAUAGAUCCACUUGGGCUGGGGGUAAUUGACAACAAAACACUUCGGUUGAUCACUGAGCAUUCAGAUACCUCUCCUUCUCGGGAUUAUCUAGAUCCUAAUCUCCGCGAGAAGUUGAUAUAUUUCUCCGAUAAAUUUGAUGCGAAGUUGUUUCUUUCUCGAAUUCACCAAGAUACAAGUGCAGCUGAUUUGGAGGCUGGUGCUCUUGCUUUGAAAACUGAUCUCAAAGGCCGGACUCAGCAGAGAAAACAAUUGGUCAAAGAAAAUUUUGAUUGCUUUGUCUCUUGCAAAACCACAAUUGACGAUAUUGAGUCAAAAUUGAAACGGAUUGAAGAAGACCCUGAAGGUUCUGGAACCUCUCACUUGUUCAAUUGUAUUCAGGGAGUCAGUUCUCUGGCUAAUCGUGCUUGUGGGCCUUUAUUUGAGAGACAGGCACAAGCUGAGAAGAUCAGGUCUGUCCAAGGAAUGCUUCAGAGGUUCCGGACAUUAUUUAACUUGCCCAGUUUAAUUCGUGAGAGCAUUAGUAAGGGUGAAUAUGACUUGGCAGUUAGGGAGUACAGGAAGGCAAAAUCCAUCGUUCUGCCAUUACAUGUUGGUAUAUUAAAACGUGUACUUGAGGAGGUGGAAAAAGUCAUGCACGAGUUCAAAGGCAUGCUUUACAAGUCCAUGGAAGAACCACAGAUUGAUUUGACAAGUCUUGAAAAUAUCGUGAGGCUUCUCUUGGAGCUUGAGCCUGAGUCGGAUCCUGUGUGGCAUUACUUGACUAUACAGAAUCAUAGAAUUCGAGGUUUGCUUGAAAAAUGCACCUUGGACCAUGAAGCGAGAAUGGAAAUGUUGCAGAAUGAGAUCCAUGAGAAGGCUUUAUCUGAUGUAAAGUGGAAACAAUUUCAGCAAGAUUUGAAUCAGUCUUCUGGGAACACCCAUCUGCUGGGAGAUUCACAGCCAGUAGACUUUACGGGUGCAGAAGUUGAUGCCCUUAGAGGAAGGUAUAUCCGUAGGCUAACCGCUGUACUGAUCCAUCACAUUCCUGCCUUCUGGAAAGUAGCCCUUUCUGUUUCCAGUGGGAAAUUUGCCAAGUCUUCCCAAGUUCCAGCUGAUUCCAAUGUUAAUACUUCUAUGAAUAAAAAUGAUGAAAAAGUUGGAGACGGAAAGUAUUCGAGCCACUCGCUUGAUGAAGUUGCUGGAAUGAUACGAAGCACUUUAUCAGCAUAUGAAUCUAAGGUCCACAGUACAUUCCGUGAUCUUGAAGAAUCAAAUAUUCUUCGUCCAUUUAUGAGUGAUGCCAUAAAGGAAAUAUCUAAAGCAUGCCAUGCUUUUGAAGCAAAAGAAUCAGCUCCUUCAAUAGCAGUUACAGCAUUGCGGACACUUCAGUCUGAGAUCACAAAGAUUUACAUACUGAGGCUUUGUUCUUGGAUGCGAGCUUCAACAGAAGAGAUAUCCAAAGAUGAAUUAUGGGUUCCAGUUUCUAUCCUUGAAAGAAACAAGUCCCCUUACACAAUCUCUCACUUGCCUCUAGCAUUUCGUUCAAUUAUGGUUUCAGCAAUGGACCAGAUCAAUUUGAUGAUUCAGUCUUUAAAGAGUGAGGCUACAAAGUCAGAGGACACAUAUGUGCAGCUUCAAGAAAUUCAAGAAUCUGCCAGACUUGCCUUUUUAAACUGUUUGCUAGACUUUGCUGCUCAUCUGGAGCAGACAGGAGUUGAUCUUGCGCAAAAUAGAUCAAACAAAGGAAGCCUGAAUAUGCAGAAUGGAUGUUCUGAUGAAUUACAAGAAAGUUUAACUGAUCCUCUCCCCGGAAGUGUUGUUAAUCCACAUCAACAGCUUUUGAUCAUAUUGAGCAAUAUUGGAUAUUGCAAAGAUGAACUUUCUCAUGAAUUGUACUACAAAUACAGAAAUACCUGGCUAACUAGGGGAAGAGAUGAGGAGGACAGUGAUAUGCAUGAUCUGGGCAUGUCUUUCUCUGGGCUUGAAGAGAAGGUCCUUGGACUGUACACUUACGCAAAGGCCAAUUUGACGAGAAUGGCUGCCAUGAACUAUUUAUUGGAUUCUGGGUUUCAGUGGGGGGCUGCACAUGCAGUCAAGGGUGUUCGAGAUGCUGCUGUAGAAUUAUUGCAUACUAUGGUAGCUGUGCAUGCCGAGGUCUUUGCUGGCUGUAAGCCCCUAUUGGACAAGAUACUUGGUAUACUUGUGGAAGGCCUAAUUGAUACUCUACUGAGUCUUUUCCAUGAAAACAAAACUAAAGAUCUUAGAUCUCUGGAUGCAAAUGGUUUCUGUCAGCUCAUGCUCGAGCUUGAAUAUUUUGAGAUUAUAUUGAAUCCGUAUUUUACACAUGAAGCAAGAGAAUCUCUAACGUCUUUACGAGGGGUCCUCCUGGAAAAAGCCACUGAAAGUGUGUCGGAGUCUAUUGAGACCCCAAGUCAUCAUCGGCGGCCAACUCGUGGGAGUGAAGAUGCCCUUUCAGAUGACAGACAACAAGCCUCACCUGAUGAUCUGAUUGCACUUGCCCAACAGUACAGCACUGAAUUACUUCAGGCUGAGCUGGAGAGGACUCGGGUAAACACGGCAUGCUUUGUUGAAUCAAUCCCACUUGACUCUGUUCCCGAACCGGCAAGAGCUGCUUAUGCAUCUUUCAGCGGGACAAUGGAUUCACCCGGCAGGAGUUUCAAGGCCUCCCAAUCUGUUGGAUCCCCGGCUUUCUCCCGCCAAAGACGGAGAUGACUUAGCUAAGCACCCUUUAAUUUCUUUUUAUAGUUUUGUGUUUUUUUCUUCUUUUGUCGAUAUUGUUGUAUUGUAUCAAUCCACACAUUUUAUUGUCAGAAGAAGUCUUUUAACAUUCUCCCCAUAAUGAGUUCUUGUUCAGUAAAUCUGUUACUCGUCUGGCCCAUAGUAGAGACCCCGUGGCAUUCACUAGGCACCGAGCUUCUGAAUUUUGAUUUUGGGUUUGGGUUUGCUAGUUCAGUUAAAAUGAAGACUGGGAUUGAUUUUGGAAAUAGAAUUUAUGUCAAAAUUUUCAAGUGUGUAUCUAUUUUCAUAUUAAAGAUUGUCGUUGUGGCUCGUGUUUAUGGGAAGUGUUACUUUCGUAUCAUUCUGGUGGUAUUAUUUUUUCGCGGUGUUAGGAUUCUAGUUGCAAUUUACAGAGAAUUUCUUUUAUGGUUCUCUUCUUUGCUGCUUCUUCACUAGGGUUCCUUUGUUGUAAGAUUUGAUGUUUUGUAUGAAGAUGACAGCUCUUCUUGGGAGUUAGAUUUUCA